CAGGCUUUGCGCACACACGGAGCCUUGCGCAUCUGUUCGCCAUCACCGUCAUCCUCAGCAGCAGCAGCAGCUCCUCUUCCUGCUCAGAUGUGACUCGGGCGGGCUGGGAACAGCUUCUUCUUCUCCUUUUUCUCCUCAGAGGACUUUUUCCGCCCUCAGGACGAGCUGCAGUCUGGUUUGGAGCUGGAUGGAUCGUCUGUUGGAGGUUUGAUGAGGAAAAACAAGCGAGGACAAAGUCUGCUGAAGUGUCUCUGAUCUGGAUGUGAACUUCUCCGGGUUUCUCUGAGGCUCCUGGAGGCGCUGGAGGAUCCUCUCUGCUCGCUUUUCUUUGGUUUCCUUUCUCCUCCUUCUUCUUGUUGCAGCUCCUUUUUUCCCGCUGUUCCCCUCUUGCGUCAUGACUUCUAGCUAUGCACAUGUAAUGGACAGGCAAGCCUCGAUAUCAAACCGCCUGGAGAGCCCGAUCACGUCGAACCUGGACAACCUGCAAGCCAAAAAGAACUUCUCGGUGAGCCACCUGUUGGAUCUGGAAGAGGCUGCGGAAAUGGUGGGCAGCCAGGCGGACGAGAGCGUCGGGGAGGCGGGGAGGAAUAUGCUGGAGUCUCCCGGGCUGACCAGCGGGAGCGACACGACCCAGCAGGAGAACGAACAGAUGAACACGGAGGAGAAGAAGAAGAGGAAGCAGCGCAGGAACAGGACCACCUUCAACAGCAGCCAGCUGCAGGCUCUGGAGCGAGUGUUUGAGAGGACGCACUACCCCGACGCCUUCGUCAGAGAGGACCUGGCCCGCCGCGUCAACCUCACCGAGGCCAGAGUCCAGGUUUGGUUCCAGAACAGGAGAGCGAAGUUUCGCAGGAACGAGCGCGCCAUGCUGGCCAGCAAAAACGCCUCUCUGCUCAAGUCCUACUCAGGAGACGUGACGGCGGUGGAGCAGCCCAUCGUCCCCCGUCCUGCACCGCGUCCAAACGACUACUUGUCCUGGGGCAGCGCUGCCCCCUACAGCUGGUAUCCGAUGCCGGAGGGGGGGCCAGUGCGGGUGCCACAGAAAAUGCUGCCCUCAGAGAACAACGCCAUGGCGACCUACCCUCCCACCUGCUCCAACACCAACACGUCCCAGGGAAUGAACAUGGCCAACAGCAUCGCCAACCUGCGGCUCAAAGCCAAGGAGUACAGCUUGAACCAGGUACCCACGGUCAACUGAGACCAGGAGCAUCCGGGGAGGGGGGCGUCUCUGCCGGUGCACCCCCGCUGACUGACUCCAUCCCUGGAUCCUGACGCCUCCUCUCGUCCCUGGAGCCUCGAUGGCGUUCCUACGCCUCUGUGCAGAAAGUUGGACAGCGAGUGAUGGCGGGAUGUUCCCUAAAACGCCGUUUUUCCUCCUGAGCGUCACUGAACUGUCGUUUGUACAAAAAGACACCCAGACUGGACGCUGUAGCUGAAUAUCUGCCUAGUUUUUUAUUUUUUGUUGUGACUUUUCAAAAUAAUUCUGCUUUUCUCUGCGGAGGCUCAUGUACGGACUACGUGGAUUUCUCUUCUUUGUGUCUCUUGGAUCAAAAACACCACUUUUGGAAUUUAAAACAUUUUUCCAAUUUUUUUAACCCACAAGGACUUCCUCCAACAUUUAUGCAGUUUUUUUUUUUUUUUUAUAAUUUUGUUUUUUUUUCCACAUUUCUGUCCAUGUUAUACCACUGAUGAGCAAACAUUUUCAACUCAUUUUGAUUUUCAUGUAAUAGUCCAAUAUAAAGGAGCGGCUGAUGUAUUUCUGAAUCCAAAUCCAGUAGAUUCUCUUCAUUUCUUAUAUCCUUUAUUUGUAACAGAAUAAAAACCUGUAUAUGAAUAAAAAUGCAUUUCAAGCA